AUGCUUCACUUGAAGGCGUUGUGUGCUUCAUGCAAGUAUCGGCCACCGAGCGCGGACAAGUGCAUCGAUGUGUCGUUACAAAUGACGGUGUUUGACCGAUUCUUCGCAUCGCCGCCUGGCGAGGAGCACUUCAAACAGUCCUGCACAAGAUUGUACUUCACCAUGGAAAAGGCUAUCGAGCUCAUGCAGAAGCUGUACAAGGAGCCCAUCAACACAGCGGAUGACAGCUCCGCACUGGGCUUGCGACUCGGCAAGAUGGCAAAGGACUCAAGCAUGGAGUUUGGUGGAGGAUCUGUGGGGAGUUUUUUCCUAUUGCUGCCCAGCUUCUUCCGAGAACGUUGGCUCGGAGAUGGAUCUGGUCUUCGCAGCAACAACUACUACUCCUACUCCUACGCCAUGACGGUCAUUGCCCAUUUGUGCACUAUGGCAGACGGGGAUGAGGAGUUCUUCCCGCACGUCUCCCUGUCUUUCACGUGCCACAGGAUCCUGUCUGAGCUGCCCAGGGCAGCAGCAACCUUCCUGAAGGCUCUGGAAUCAAGGACCAUCAACGUGGAAACUAAGGCAUCCUGCUUGGAGGCGGAAAUGCCUUUCAAGGGGGAGGGUGCACAGGGUGCUGCGAUUGCGGCACCGAGCCACAGCCAUCAGGCCCCGGCCAUUAAUCUUGGCCGUGGGCUUCUGGGUGCAGAUCCCUUGAAUCGGGACGCACUCGGCCCCGAUGCCGCCCAGCGACUCGCCCUCGCUAUUCAGGCGAUCGCUCAGGGCGUGCACGAUACCCGAGCUGACUUCGAAGUCUUGAGGGACGGGGUAUCUGUCCUCGUUGAAAAUCUCGAUGAAAGGAUCGAGGAUCUCCGUAAACGAUCUAUUACGGAGCUCGAUCAGAACUUCGAUGAGAAUCGUCGCAAUUACGAGCUAGCUCAAGAGCGACGAAUCGACGAUCACGGAACUCCCCAUGAGAAUUCGAGCAACUGA